AUGCGAUCACCAGCAAUUUUUGUCCCUGCCCUGAGAGCUUCCAACAUGAAACCUUCAGAAACAAAGCAUACGCCACCAGCGACUGAAGCUUUGGGCUCGAGCAGAACAAAAUGCCGAAGGACUCUGGAUCGUUCCAAUCCUGACGGACAGGACACAUCGUUCGGAAGCGUGGCAUUGCUGGUGAGUUUCCAGAGACGUUUCUUGCAGCCAUCCUUAGCUGAGCGAAAGAUGAGCAUCAGGAGAGGCCGUAACGGUGACAAGCAAUACAAAUGGACGUCUCCUGUAAAUGGUCAAAAGAAAGCGCAUCAGGGAGGUUACUUCACACUCCAGUUGCCUUUUAGAGGAAUUCUUUCACUUUCCUUGAAUAACAAUGUGCCUGAUUCCAGUCCUUCUACAGUCAAGCCUGACGGUGCGCCUCCUUCGCUGUCAACCGUUCCACAACGGGAAAAGAAAAGGAGAAAAUUGAGUCUCCGGGGCUUCCUGGUGACGGUGACGACCGCUACCGGGGCCGCGUCCCUCCCUGCUAGGAUAGGAGCAGUGCCCGCCGGGGAAGCCACCGUCUCCGGGCGCCGCCGCCACUGCUCACGAGCCUCCCCCGCAGGGUCCCCGCAGCGGAGACCUCCCCGGCUUCCCAGCAGGCGCCUCGGGCCCCUCAGGUCUGUGAGUCAAGUGUGUGUGGAAAAAUCACUCCUGUUCAGAAGUAACACGCCUUAUCCUACGGAUACCAUAGCUGUCCCUGGUGGACAUGAUCUGCUGUUCUGUGUGCAGCUGGAUGACGCAAAGCUGAACUAUUUCCAACAGCCACAGGAUAUCAAAGAAUCUGAUUUUGUGAAGCUCUUGGAGAAGUAUGGCAAAGUCCAGCCAUCAUUCUCUGCCUUUUACCGGGCUGGUGAUCCAAUCCUAAUCUACUUUGAUUCAUCAUCUCUACUGAGCACGCUUAAACAGCCAGUAAAAAUGGGAGCCAGUGGACUUUGUGUUGAUGGAAAUCCUGCUGGCUUCCUGGACAGUAAAAGCACAAGCUGUACUCGGAUUUUUGCCAACUUGAGCAAGAGCUGCAUUACUGACCCUGCCCUAGAUGCUGCCUCCUACUACCGUGGCUUCACUGUGCUAAAGGUCCCAAUUAAUGACACUGUUGUGCAGUCCAUGAAGGUAAAUGUCACCGCAGUCGCACCACCUGGACCUCCCCACAUGAAAGACAACACGUGUAACAAUGUUGUUUCUGAGGUGAUCUAUGAGAUAGAAUUCAGUGGCACACGUGGGAUUCAGAGUGUUUCUGUCCGGUUCAAAGUGAGCAACAUCUCUGGGAACUCAGGAUCCUCUCUGCAGCAGCAGUUCACUUUGCACUUCUGGACCAGGACUCUUUCUCAUACGUUGCCUAGAAGUGGAAACCCCGGCUAUAUCACUGGAGCGCCACUGUUGAUUGCGAACAGUGGUGCUAUGCAGCAUAUGAGCAUUUUACAGAGUGAAGGUGAUGGAAGUUGCUCACAGUUCCUCAGACACACAGUACAAUUUGGAAGAAAUAUGAGGACAGGCUGCGAGCUCAGCUUAUCCCCAAUACUGGACAAAAGUAACUGUAGUUACAUCCAGCAGAGGUUAUACAAGGCUCUUCAGGGGAUGAACAGAGCAGAGGACCUUGCUAUAACUGGCAGUGCUCAUUCAGCCCAGGCAGAGGAGUGGACGACCAUUCUGAUUCAGAACUGCAGCGUGCAGGCUGUGAAUAGCACUUCUGGUUGUGUGGUUCCUGUGACCCUGGAGAUACAGAUAUUGUGGACUAAGGUGGGCCUUCUGUCCAACCCACAAGCUCAAAUACUGGGUGCACGGUACUUUUACCAGUGUCGCCCCCUGAAGUUCCUAAGUACAAGCAUGGUACCUUUGACAACUGUCGUUACCUUCACUGACAUGACGAAAUGGCCAGAACCUCCACGAGGCCAGCCCCAAAUGCACUGGAAACUCCCAUUUGACAUUUUUUUCCCAUUCAAGGUGGCAAUGAAUUUGGAAAGAAGUUAUAUAAGUGAACUGGCUGGCUAUUUUUUCUUGAUUCUAAUAAUGUCUAGUAUUCUCUGCUUUUGA